AUGACAAUCUCAACGAUUUACUUCUUUGUGAAUGGAAAAGCGAUCACGUUGAACAAUCCGGAUCCCGAGUUGACGUUGGCUUACUAUAUUCGGAACACCUUGCGUUUAACUGGAACAAAACUUGGCUGUGAAGAGGGAGCUUGUGGAGCAUGUACGGUAGUGCUCGGAAAGCACGAUGAAAACCACGGAAAAGUCGUCUACCAAGCAGUGAACGCAUGUCUCGUGCCCAUUUACAUGAUCGAUCGCUGCUCGGUGAUCACUGUUGAGGGGAUCUCGAAAGAUCGAAUUCAUCCAAUUCAGGAACGACUUGCGAAAGGCCACGGCACCCAAUGUGGUUUCUGUUCACCGGGCUUUACAAUGGCCAUGUAUGCUCUUUUGCGCAACAAAGCAAAUCCGUCAAUGGAAGAGAUCAAUCAAGCAAUUAAAGGAAAUCUCUGUCGUUGUACCGGUUAUCGUCCAAUCAUGGAGGCUUUCUACUCUUUCUCCGAUAAUCCCGGCGGCUGUUGUGGCGGUGGAAAAGACGGAAAAUGCCCAUGUAAAGAGGGAGAUGAGCCGGCGUUGGCCGCAAAACUCACCACCUUCACCGAGAUGCCGAAAUACGAUCCGACUCAAGAGAUCAUUUUUCCACCACAGCUUUCGAUCAAAAACAAAUCUCCAGUCUCUUCACUUUUCCUGAAAGGCUAUCGUUUGACCGUUUAUGCACCAACUUCUUUAAACGAGGUGGUCAAGAUCGCGAAAGAGAUUCCUGAUCACAAGAUCAUCUCAUCGGGAAUGAUCUCUCGUUUGGUUCUUGGCCUCAGCGCUGGACAAGAUGACGUCACCUGGAUCAGUCUUCAUCGAAUUCCGGAACUGGAAAAGGCUGAAGUGGCUGACGGGAAAUUGGUGAUCGGCUCAGCGCUGAGCCUUGGACAAUUACAGGCAUUUGUCUAUGAGAAUCAUCCAAAUGGGAAAGAGUUGCUGAAAAUCUUCAAAAAAUAUUCAGCUGAACAAGUGAAGAACACAGCGAGCUGGGCCGGUGCUCUCACUUCAGCGGCUGCUGCAAGCGACUUCUGCACACUUUCUUUGGCCACAAAUUCAUACGUUCACAUCUUCUCGCUCGAGGAUCAAUCAAGAAAAAGGAUCACUGUCGAGCAACUCUUCCACAGUUCCGGGAAAACUUCUCUGAAACCCUCGGAGAUCAUCACCGCUAUUGAAUUUGAUGCAAAUGAGCACAAUGUUCGCUACUUCUCAUACAAACAGGGAGAACGUCGAGGAGCUGACUCGACAAUUGUGAACGGAGUGAUGCGAGUGGAAGUGGAUGGAGAUCAAAUCAAAUCAGCUCGUUUGGUUGUUGGAGUUGACAAGAAACCGCAGCUCCUCGAGGCAUUUGGACAUCGAUUUGAGAACAAAUCAAUUCCCGAGCUCUCCUCAACUUUUGACGAUUGGAGCUAUGAUUUGGGCACGAAUUUCGACUCGUCAAUGCCCGAUUUCCACUUCCGAAUGUCAUUAGUGAAAUCGUUUUUACUCGACACAAUCAAUCAUUUGGCAAAAGGCGAUGAAUACAAAAAUUUGGAGAUUAAUACUGAUGAUUUUGAGUUCCUGCAACUUUAUCAGCAAACUGUGGAUAAUGGUGUGGAUGCUUGCGGCCGUCCAUUGGCUCACCAAUUCGCUGAUCGACAUGCCAUGGGAGAAGCGAAAUACGUGAAUGAUCUGAAAUUCGAAGGAUUGUUGCAUGGUGCUCCGGUUUUGAGUACAGAAGCUCACGCGGAGGUCCUCUCCAUCGAUCCAUCCGAUGCGCUGGCGAUCGCGGGCGUAGUUGCCUAUUUAGAUGAAAGGGAUAUUCCAAAAGAGGGUACAAACACUCCAGCCAAAGGACAUCUCUGCUUGGUCAACGAUGACACAAGAGUGUUUGCUGCUGGAAAGGUUGAAGAAGUUGGUCAAGUCAUUGGCAUGAUUGUGGCCGAGGAUGUGGUGACUGCAAGAAGAGCCGCAAAGCUUGUUCAAAUCGAGUACAAAAAGCUGCCAGCGAUACUCACCAUUGACGAAGCAAAAGAAGCAAAAUCCUAUAUCUGUGAUCCGCUGACAUUCGGAAAAGAAGAGGAAGAGGUUCAAUCAGCCCUAAAUGGUAGCCAACAUCAAAUCUCGGGCGAAGUGAGCAUCGGUGGACAAGAGCAUAUCUACAUGGAGACACAAUCAAGUGUUGUUGUUCCCACCGAAGACAAAGAAUUCACCAUUCACACAUCGAGUCAAGGAGUGGCCAUUGCUCAAAUAUCCGCCUCGGUUCUCUUGGGUAUUCCAAGCAACAAUUUCACCGUCAAGAUCCGCCGUGUUGGUGGUGCAUUUGGUGGAAAAGCCAUUACGCAGUGCGGUUUUGCUCGAAAUCCAGCUUUGGUUGCCGCUAAUAAGUUGAAAAGACCAGUGAGCGUCGUUUUACACAGAAAUGACGAUGUGCUCAUCACUGGAAAGCGGCAUCCAGUCAAGUGCCAAUACAAAGUCGCCUUUUCGGCAGAUGGUAAAAUUGAGGCUGUCUACUUUACUUCAUUUGUCGAUGCUGGUUGGUCGACCGACAAUUCGGUUUGGGUAUCAAACGUGAUCGGCUCGUUGGCGACAACUUGCUUCAAGAUUCCAAUCUUUCGAUCGCAAGUCCAUGUGUUGAAAACAAAUAAACAAUCGAACACCGCGUUCAGAGGCUACGGUCAACCGCAAGUCUAUUUUAUUAUGGACGCUAUUGUCAAUCAUGUGGCUCAAGAGUUGGGAAUGAAUUUUGAAGAGGUGAAAGAGCUGAACUUCGCGAGAGUGGGCGACAUCGCUUGGGCAGGUUCGGCGAUUCGCAACGAUGGAAUGCUCGAGUGCUGGCAAGAGUGCAAAAGAUUGGCCGAAUGGGAGAAAGUUCAACGAGAAGUCGAGCAAUUCAACAACACAUCGCCUCAUAUCAAACGUGGAGUGGCAAUGGCGACGACUCGGUUCGGAAUGCCGCACGCUGGACCCCUAGAAGCUGGCUCGGCUCUUGUGCAAAUUUGCUAUGACGGAGCCGUGUCUGUGUCGAUCGGAGGCGUCGAAAUGGGUCAAGGGCUCAACGUGAAGAUUCAACAAUGUGCAAGCAGAGCUCUCGGGUUGCCAAUCGAGCGAAUCAACUUGCUUGAAGUGGGCAGUGACAAAACGAUUAAUGCGCCGGUGACUGGCGGAAGUCAAGGAGCCGAUAUUCAUGGAAAAGCUGUUCAAAAAUGCUGUGAAAAGCUUCUCGAAGGACUCAAGCCAUUCCUCGAGAAAGCCAAUGGAGAUUGGAACACAGCCGUUUUCCAAGCCUAUUGUAAUAAAGUCCAGCUUCAAGCCAGUGAAUUUAUUACUAUCGAACGUGAACAGCACGGUCUACACGGACACGAUCCUUGCUACUAUACAUCGGGAGCUUGUUGUGUGUUAGCUGAAUUGGAUACGUUGACUGGCGAACACAAGCUGCUUGCUGUUGACAUUGUGAUGGACUGCGGUGAGAGUCUCAACCCGGCUAUUGACAUCGGUCAAAUCGAGGGAGGAUUCAUGCAGGGCUACGGUCUGAUGACUUGUGAACAGUUGGUUUACAACGAGAAGGGUCGUCUCCUCACCGAUACCGCCUAUAAGUACAAGAUCCCAACCGUGCAAAUGGUUCCCGACAAAUUUCGAGUGAAGCUGCUUGAUGGAAUCUCAACAUAUCCCGAGCAAAUCUAUCGAUCAAAGGGAGUCGGUGAACCGCCGCUGAUGCUUGGAUCUGCUGUGCACACGGCUCUUCUCAAAGCAAUCAUCGCAAAGAGAAAUCCCACGAAACCACUCAUCUUUGACGCUCCAUUCACUGCAAAACAAUUGUACAAACACUCGAAUGAAGAA